CAGCGCAAGUCAAUCCCUAUUUUGAAAGUGUUUUGAAGUGGUACAUUUGAUUCCUAUUUACAAACUUUAUCAGUAAAUACUACGCGCAGAGGUGUUUCAGGUGUAUCAUGGCUGAUCCAGUGGCAUCGACGACUGAAGGGCCACCAGCCAAUCUCAUUGGGAAUCUGUUGAGAAGAGUAUCGAGAGCCGAGCCUGUUCCUGAUGUUGAGGAAGAAGAGGAUGAGGCGCUUCCCCCACCCCCACCACUAAUUCCACGAGGCCCACUGAAAGGAUGUCUAACAGUCCAUCUGAAAAACUGCAGGGAGUUCAACAAGAACGCUUCCGUAAAGAAAGGCACCAAGGGCUUCCUGAGGAUGAGUAUUGGGGAGAAGGUCAAGUGUACUAUGGUCCAGCCCUACAAGGACCCCAAGGCUGAGCACUCCAAGUUCCCCCUCUGCUUCAACGAGUGGAAGUAUUUCUCCAUACAGAUUCCUAAGAGCACUGAUAACACGCUGGGUAUCUGUGAGUCACACCGUCUGGUCGUGGAGCUCAUCUUCUUCGAGCAGGACACCGGAGUUCCCAAGCUCAUAGGCAUGACCUUUGUCAAACUGCUGGACAUCCUCAGUAAAUCACAAGUGAACCAGCUGCUGGAUCUGAAGCUCAAGCGCCAGAUCAUCUGUAAGCUGGAGAUGGAGAUGGUCAUUGCAUAUGGAUCUUUGGGUUACGGAUAUUCCCACCAGUUGAAGCACCCAAAGAGAAACAUGGAGAGCUUAGUGGAGCGCUCUCUCUUCCUCCGCUGUCCACCACCGGAGGACCGCAAAGACCCUCACUAUAAUGUGGUCACACCUAAGCCAGUGCCUUAUUCGGACUUCAUCGCAGCGCUGAUGUACAGAGAGACCACCAACCCAGACAACAGGACGACUUACCCCUCAAACAGCACAAUCUCCCCCAUCAUCCUGGAAUGUAUGGAGAAGAGGGGCAGGCUACUACAGAUGCAUGAGGAGAUGGAGGCGUUUGAGUUGUCUGAGGACGCCCUCCAGUACCUGGAGAAUCUGGUGAUGAAGAAAGGGAUUAGAACCGGAACCCCCUGGAGGAUGAACAAGAGGUUCAAGGUUCUCUCUAAGUGGAGGAAAAAGGUAACCAUGGUUUCCAAGCUGCUCAAUUUUGGAGGCUGCUCAGAGGCGGCGAAACAGCAGAGAGACAAAAUGUUGCCCACAGGCCCUUUGGGAGAUGUGACUCCCCCUGUGCCACUUUUAAAGUGCCUUGCCAUGCAACAGGAGAAAAUACCCUUAGUCAACGAGAACGACGUGUCUAAAAUGAGCAAGCCUUCAUCUCCCAGAAAGACCCUGGCUGCAGCCUCUGGCCUGUCCACAUCUAUGGCCUCCACCCAGGCUGCCCAGUCAGCCCCAUCCUCUCCACCUCCCUCUGAUCAAUUUACCACACCGCCAACAGUAGCCACCCCACCUAAAUCGUCCAUGGCCCAUAAGGCAUCUCCCCCUAGCGGUGUGGCCUCCAGCUCCAUGGACCACCCUGCCCAGUCCAUGGCCACCUCUCCCCCCAGACACGUCACCCUGGUACUGCCUGAGAGUCCCGCCACAUCAGCCUCCACCUCCGCUCAACCCAGUACCAGACACAUCCCUAAACCCACCAAUGUGGCUGCAGUCCCCGUUCACAUCCACCUGACCUCCCCCUGUGUUCUUACUACCCUGGAGGAAGACGGAGAGGAGGAAGACGAAGAGGUGGAAGAGAAAAAGGAGGUGCGUGCUCCAGUGUCGUCCUCCCUCCUCAAGACGCUUUCCUCUCUGACGCUGACCCCUGAGGUGGCCCUCCAUGCCACCCUGGUGCCCUCGCGCCAACAGAGCAGGCAUGGGCAGCUGGAGGAAUGUCAGCCAGCUAGCCCCGGGUACCAACCUUACCAAAAGCCCAGGGGGAAGAGUGGCCGAGACCUGGGGGGGACUGGUAGUGGUGCCCCUGGAGGAAUAAGGGAGUCGGGGUGGACCCAGACCCAGAGAGAGGCUGCUGGGAUGGGCAGCAUUGGAAGUCAGUGGAAGGUGAAUUUUGCUGGGCUUGGCUCUCUUAGUUCCGGAGGGCAGAGGAGGGAAGAAGAUGCCCCAUGCAGCAGCACUGGCUUCAGGUCCCCUACACUGAACGACCUGGCCCCACCACGGCUGCUGGGGGCCUGGACUGAGAACAUUGCCACUGUGCCGAUACCCAUAGGAGGGGGUGGGGGAGGCCUGGCCUGGAGAUCUGGAGGUCUGUCCGCCGCUCAGGGAACCAGCCCUACUCUCCGCUCUCAGUUAAUCUCGCCCCCGUCCACCCCACCUUUAUCCUACCCUCUGAGCCACAGCCCUCUGACGCGCUCCCCCCUGCCGCCUCUCGACUCCCGGGCCACCGACACACCUUCUCCAGACCUGGAAACCUGGACCCUGGAUAGUUCCCCCUUCCUCUGUGGCAGGCGCAAAGACCCCCUUCCUCUACAUGUAGGUGAAACCAGCAUUGGCAGCAACACUGACAGGCACACCCAGAGACCAGGAGGAGCCAGCUCCAGCACAGACCCACUCACCACACUCAACUCCUGGCUCAGCAGUGACAGUCUCCCCACCGGAGCUGGCUCAGACUCUGGACAGUGGUCCCUCCUCUCAGAGAUCGACAUGUCCCCACUCCGCAGUGGACUGGUCUUCUACCCCCUCACUCCCAUCUCCUCCUCCGGCCCCCUCAUCCCUAGCCCCAGCACCUCCCCUACCAGACGCACCAGAGGCAGCAAGCCAGGCAAGGAGAGACCCAGGGUCCUGGAGACACCUAAUUCCCCAUAUCACAGGCACAACAGAGACAGCAGAGAUUAUUAUGGGAAGAUGUAGCGAAAAAAUAUAUUUUUUGGCAACCUA